CCUCUCUUCCCUUUUUUCUGUUCUUCUUUUCAUAUACCCCCCAUAUACACAAAAUGGCUGCCAACGCUAAGGUGGAGGCGCCUGCCGCCGCCCCUGCUCCCCAGCUCUCCGGCCUCCAGCUGUACUCCAGAUUCGCCUUCGCUGGUGCUGUCUGCUGCUCCGUCACCCACGGUGCUCUCACUCCUGUCGAUGUCGUCAAGACCAGAAUCCAGCUUGACCCCGUCACCUACAACCGUGGUAUGAUCGGCGGUUUCCGUCAGGUCAUUGCCAACGAGGGUGCUGGCGCUCUCCUCACUGGUCUCGGCCCUACCGCCGCCGGUUACUUCCUCCAGGGUGCAUUCAAGUUCGGUGGUUACGAGUUCUUCAAGCAGCAGUGGAUCAACCAGCUCGGUCUCGAGACUGCCUCCAACAACCGCACUGCUGUCUACCUUGCUUCCUCCGCUGCCGCUGAGUUCUUCGCUGAUAUCGCUCUCUGCCCUCUUGAGGCCACCCGUAUCCGUCUCGUCUCCCAGCCCACUUUCGCUACCGGUCUCGUCAGCGGUUUCGGUAAGAUCCUCAAGAACGAGGGUGUCGGUGCUUUCUACUCUGGUUUCGGUCCUAUCCUCUUCAAGCAGGUUCCCUACACCAUGGCCAAGUUCGUCGUUUUCGAGAAGGCUGCUGAGGCUAUCUACGGUAUGGUCGACAAGAACACCGCCAGCGAUGGUACCAAGACUGCUAUCAACCUUGGCUCCGGUCUCAUUGCUGGUUUCGCUGCUGCCCUUGUCUCCCAGCCCGCCGACACCAUGCUCUCCAAGAUCAACAAGACCCCUGGUGAGCCCGGUGAGGGUACCGUCUCCCGUCUGAUCAAGAUCGGUAAGGAGCUCGGCUUCCGUGGCUCCUACGCCGGUAUCGGUGCUCGUCUGUUCAUGGUUGGUACCUUGACUGCUGGUCAGUUCGCCAUCUACGGUGACAUCAAGCGUGUCCUCGGUGCCACCGGUGGUGUUGAGAUCUCCAAAUAG